AUGAAGCUCCCAGCACGAAAGCUUUACAAUCUCAAAGGUCCGCCGAGGCUGAUUCACGUGGUGCAGGAAGAAGCGAAGUCUUACAACAUCGAAACAGCCAGCACGCUGCAAGUACAGGGGGUGCAGGGCGGUAUCCACUCUCCGGAUGCUGUUUACGGGCCUCAGAGUACAACCCCUUCAAAUGUCGUCGCAUCGCCCCAAGUCGUGAAUCUCUUGCACCCGCAGUGGUUUCUGCAAUCCGACCAAGACGAAGGUACCAUGGGCUUCAGUAUUCCCCCGGAGAGCGGUCCGUCAGCGACGCCAGGCGCAGCGUCGCAUCCACCAUUCCAAACGCCCACGGACAAAGAAUGGGCGCUGGUGACCUUGCGAGGAUGCGUGGCAAAGAUUAAGAGGAUUACCACUCAAUUGACUUCGUGGACCGACCAGCAUUUCGACCAGCAACCAUGGACCACACAAGUACUGAUGUUCAUGGAACGCAAAGAUAUGCUUCCUGCGAUGGAAACCAAUCUGAACCGCUACGGAGCAGAGAUGCUGGGUCGAGAUCCUAUACCACCGGAGUUCGAAAAGGGACUUCUUUUAGGUUAUUGGCUCGACGUUUCCUCUGCCCUAGACGCCGUGAGGACAAUGGAUCAACAGCUGGAGCAAUGGCGCUCGCAAAUUCUCUUAGACUUACAAGAUUACCUCUGGCCGAUGCACGAUCCAGAGAUUCUAUUGGAGCACCAGCAGAAAAUGCAGGAAGAGGUUGAUGCCGAGGAGGGGUCCGCGCAGCCGCCAGCCUGA